AUGCCUCAUCAUGCAGUUUUUAGACAAGAUAAGCCUGGAAAAAUCAGGGUAGUAUUCAAUGCUUCCCAAAAGGAUAUUCUGAUUCAUCCUGAUGAUGCAGACUGGCAGCGCCUUGUGUGGCGACCCUCAGUUGCGCAGCCUUUGCAGGAUUAUAGAGCGCUUACCGUCACCUACGGCACGGCUCCAGCACCUUAUUUGGCUCUUCGAGUACUCAAACAGCUGGCUCAGGACGGCCGUACGACGCAUCCAGAGGCAUCCAAGCUUCUGGACCAUCAAAUCUACGUGGACGACAUAUUCGGAGGCGCGAACGAGGUCGACUUAGCUAUCGAACGACGUGAUCAGCUGAUCCAGCUUAUGGCAUCAGCAGGGAUGGAGUUGGGUAAAUGGUCAGCAAAUAAUCAAAGUCUUCUUGAUGGAAUUGUAGCUGGCAACAUUGAUGAGGUCUCCGUCGACGUGGAUGAGGCGGUAUCAACGCUAGGUCUCAAGUGGCUUCCUCAAGCAGAUAAUUUUAUUUUUAAACCUACAGUAGCACCCUCUCCAUCGAUCAUAACAAAGAGAAUUAUUCUCUCUGAAACUGCUAAAUUAUUUGAUCCAUUAGGUUGGCUUGCACCGGUCAUCGUAACUGCAAAAAUCAUGAUGCAGGAUCUAUGGAUCAAUAAGUUCGAUUGGGACGUACCGAUUUGA